AUGUCUGCAACUCUUAUACCAUUAAUGAGCCGAGUUUAUAUUGAAAAAAUUCAAAUGAAAAUUAUGGUCCCACGGCCUUAUAAAUUUAAUGAAUUGAUAAAAAAUUCAAACACUACUUUCACCUCGACCAACCAACAAAAUGGUGAUGUAUGUUGGCUCGGAGUUGGUGAUAAACCGCGGAGCAGUGGAAGUGAUGUAUCAACAGAAGUUCCACCGAUUGUAUCAAAUGGUUUUUUCCAUUCAGCGUUUAUAUUAAUAACAGGUGUCAUAAGUCUUCUACAUUCUGGAGAGCUUUUUAUAUUAAUGCUGUCACGGCGAAAUUUUGAAAAAACCCGGCCAUUGAAUUCAUCUAGUAGUCUAAAAAAUAAUGGAAUCUCGUCGCUGUGGAACUGGAGGUGGUUGGACUCCUUGGCGUUGACUUUUCGUUGUUUCAUAACUAGCUUCACUAUUUCCACUGCUGCUAUUGCUACCAGCGAUUUCAUCACACAAUCCAUAAUUUUUGGAAGCGAGCAUUGCAUAGUGAAGAUUACUUUUAAGAUCAUCUGCAGCAGUUGA